AAAAGGAAAAUCCUGCCCGCAGCCUCCUUUCUUUCCUUUUGGUUAGAAAAGAGAGAGAGAGAUAAGACCCAAAACAAAGGGAACAACGAAGGGUUGGCUCAUCUCUCUCUAAAUUCUAACAAUGAAACCCUUUGCUUGUUAACACACGCCUCUAUCCUCUCUUUGAUUUCUCCCUUCCCUUCCUCUCUCUCUACUCACAGGGAAGCAGAAGAAGAAGCGUGGAAAAAGAGGCUUUUUUUAGAGAGAGAAAAACAGAGAAAGUGGUGAUAUUUUAUUAUCAUGGACUCAACAACACAACAAGCAGUGGCGGCCAUUAAUGAGAAGGAGUCAAUGGUGGAUCCUUUCUUAGUUGAGGCUCUACAGAACCCGCGUCACCGUCUCACUAUUUUGCGGAUGGAACUUGAUAUCCAGAGGUUUUUGCAAAACCCCGAUCAACAACUAUUUGAAUUCCAGCAUUUCCCUACCUCCUACCUUAGGCUUGCAGCACAUCGUGUCGCUCAUCACUAUGGGCUGAUAACCAUGGGACAGGAUAAUGGCAUUGAUGGUCUGGCAAAUAAGAUUCUGGUGCAGAAAACAGCUCAAAGCAGAUAUCCUGCAGUUUGCCUAACUGAAAUUCCUGCAAAACAGUUGGAAAGUGAUAAACCUGAGAAGAUAAAGCUUGCCAUUAGACCCAGGCCCAACAAAGGGUCUAUAAAUGAUCCAAAUGGGUUUGGGGUCAAACGGAGUCCUGUGAGAAGUGUGGAAGAGAGGAAGGAGGACUAUGAUAGGGCACGAGCUCGUAUCUUCAGCAGCCCCAGCAGCCCCACUGCAGAAGAUACUGUGCCUGAGCUCCCUACAGAUAGCAAAAAUUUAAGUUCAAGCAAGGAUGAGAACGAAGAGAGUAGGAACUCUGUUGUUGAUCCAGAAAAAAAUGUCUUUAUCAGGGACAGCAUGUCAUCCCGUGUUGCCAUUUUCAGAGACAGGGAGAAGGAUCGCACUGACCCAGAUUAUGAUCGGAGUUAUGAUAGGUAUGUUAGGAGCCUUCCAGCUAAUCAGAGUUUUAGCUUGACACCAUUCAAUAUGCAGAAGAUUCCACAUCCUUUUAUGCAGUAUGAUGCUGGUUUUCCUCAGAUGGGUCAGAUGCCAAGGACACAGACUUCCCUUGGCUACCAGCCUGCUGCAGGCCCAGUUAUGAGCCCCUUCUGUGCAUUGGGAUCAAAUCAGACAUCAAGGGAUGCCGCCUAUGUACAAUGGCCAAGUGCUGCAAUGAUGUAUGCACAUUCAUAUGAGCAAUUUAGACAUGCUGCUUUCCAGGCUCCAUUCUGUCAGCAACCUCUUAGCUUUGAUUACUCUCAAAACCAUUAAUGCUAGACAGAUGGGAGUUGUGUCACUGGUGUACUCUCAGAUUCUCUAUACUAGAUAACUCACUGUUAGGAUUUUUCGAAGACUUUCUGCUAUAAACCUCCUUUUUUAUUCCAGUCUUAGUUCAUUUCUGCUUCUGUGGAUCUUAAUGCUAGUAAGGAGUGUAAUGAUGAGACUAUUUUAUAUGC